AUGUGUAAUGAAUACGAAGAAUGCGCAGAUCACGUUUUGGUUGACUGCCCUUAUGUCAGGAAGGUUUUUGAAGGCUUAUCAAGAUGGUGUAGUGUGAAUACGGAGGAUUUUCAUACGGUUAAGGAUGUCGUGGACUCAGUUUCUCAGCGGGGGAUGUGUCAUAACAGGAGGAGCAAGAUUCUUUUGGCAGUUUACUAUGGAGCAUUAUGGAGCAUUUGGAAAUCAAGGAACGAAAGAGUUUUCAAGAAGAACCGGAUACCUCCCGACAAAGUCAAUGAUACAAUAAAAUCAGUGACUUAUCUAUGGGUGAAAAACAGGGGAAAACUUGAUAAGAUUAAUUAG